AUGGAAUCAGAGCUACAUUACCACAUAGCUGAGAAGGAAGUGCUCGCAAUCUUCCGGACUUUGGAAGAUUUCAGACCUCGGAUCCAUGGAUCAGAAUUCCCAGUUGUGGUGUAUACGCGUUACUCUGUGCUAAAGUGGCUACUAGAGUCCAACACUGGAGAUGGACGACAUCUGGAGUGGGGGCUGGAACUAUCAAGAUGGACACUGGAAAUCCAUCGGACUCAGAAAGAUGAGGACGGCCUUGCGGCCAUCCUGGGGUCUGGUAUUACUCCCAGGGAACAUUUAGAUGAAGUUGCAGAAACCCUGAUUCCCGCCAAGGAGCGUCUGAAAGUAACGCCACCGGAUGUUGGAAGGUGGCAGGUUGUGAAAGCUGAAGGACACAUCCUUGAAGGUGUGACGGUCAACGAUGCUGAAUACCAUGGUUUGAUUCUGGGAUUAAAGCUCGCUAUGAAGUAUGAUCUCAAGGAGUUUGUGGCAGUCGGUGAUUCCCGAAUCGUCGUCCAAAAGGCUCAGGGUCUGAUUAAUUGCAACCAGCCCAACCUGCAACGACGCUUAGCUGAUUAUGAAGAUCUCAGGAAGAAUUUUGUGUCGGUUAAAUUGACUCACGUUAAACGUGAGUUUAACCAAGCGGCCGACUACCUGACCUCUAAGACUCUCGUCCUUGGAGAAUCCUGGGAGCUCGAUGACCCCGCGACUGAUGAGGUUUGUUCAGACCAAGCCAAACUCGGAGUGGAUAGUCCUGAUGCCGGGAUACCAGAGUCUUUAGCUACCGCGGCUGAAGCAUUGAUGGUGAUGACGAGGUCACGUGCGAAAGCGGAUGCAAGUUCUCGGACUCCUGUAGACCAGUCUCGAUACCAGGAUGAACGUUGGAGGAGAAUCAAGGUUCACCAAGACGAAGACUUGUGGAUCCAGCAAAUGAAGAAGGACUUAUGGAUCCAGCAAAUGAAGAAGGUCCUAAAAGGAGACGUGUCAGAUCUUCCACAGAACCAGGUAAAGAAGAUUGCGAAGGUUUCUGAUCAGUUUGUUUGGAUUCGCGAGUAG